CGGGGUCUGUGAGAGUAAGAGGGACAGACAGACAGACCUUAUAAGCACGAAAGAGGGGUAGAGAGAGGGACACGCGUAUUUAACCAAGAAUAUACAACGAAAAUCCCUCCGUUUACCGAAAAGGAUACGGAAAGACAGACUGUGGAGGAACAAAGCUAUGGUUCCUGCCAAGAAAAUUCCAGUUAAGUGAAGAGUACCUAAAUUACCCAAGCCUGAUAACACAAAACCGGUGGAAACCAAGGCUCUGAGGCAGUGACAGAAAGAUAGAGGGAAGGAGAGCGAAAGCGAGUAAGAGAGAGAGAGGGCGAGAGACAGAGAGAGAUAAAGAGAAAGAGAGAGGAGAGAGAGGGGGAGAGAGAAAGGGAAAACAGUCGAUGGAUGCUGCUUGGACAGAGGGGACGGCACAUUCUUCAUUGACGAGGAAAAGAAAGCAGGCACCAUUGAGGGAAAGGGGAGAAACACGCCUCCAGCCAUGGUGUGGUGUGAGAAGGGGAUCCAGGUCCUCCUCACCACCGUGGGGGCGUUCGCUGCGUUCGGGCUGAUGACGGUGGCCAUCGGCACGGACUACUGGCUGUACGCCCGAGCCUUCAUCUGCAACAGCACUGCCAACUCCUCCCAGGACGACCCGCACAACAAAGACCGCAAGGACCCCGGCGCCCUCACCCACUCCGGCCUCUGGAGGAUCUGCUGCCUGGAAGGGCUGAAAAGAGGAGUGUGCUCACAGAUCAAUCAUUUCCCUGAAGAUGCUGACUACGACCACGAUGGAGCGGAGUACCUUUUACGCGUGGUGAGGGCUUCCAGCAUAUUCCCCAUCCUCAGCGCCAUCCUCCUCCUGCUGGGCGGGGUCUGCGUUGCGGCCAGCCGCUUCUACAAGAGCAAGAGGAACAUCAUCCUGGGAGCGGGCAUUCUUUUCGUGGCUGCGGGCCUCAGCAACAUCAUCGGGGUGAUCGUGUACAUCUCCGCGGCGCUGAGCGACAUCUCCCCGAAGAAGGACGAGGACAAGAAGUGGCACUACUCCUACGGCUGGUCCUUCUACUUCGGCGGGCUGUCCUUCAUCCUGGCGGAGAUGGUGGGCGUGCUGGCCGUCAACAUCUACAUCGAGAAGAACAAGGAGCUGCGCUGCCGCUCGCGCACCGACCUCUUCAAGAGCACCACCAACGCCGUGCUGCGGCUGCCCAGCUACCGCUUCCGCCAGCGCUCGCGCUCCAGCUCCCGCUCCACCGACCCCUCCCGCUCCCGGGACGCCUCCCCCGUGGGCGGCGGCAAGGCCUUCGGCCUCACCCCCUCCGCCCUCCUCUCCCAGGGCACCGUCGGACAAAUCUCCGUCUCCACCCUGCCCAACCCCCACGCCCACUCCCACUCCGCCCUGGGGGGCGACAUCUCCAUGUACACCCUCUCGCGGGAUCCCAAACUGGCGGGGCUGGGGACCCUCGGGGGCCCGCCCAUGUACGGGACAGUGGACAGAGCCACCUUGUACCAGCUGCAUAAUUGUUUCCCCAAGGAGGGCGGCGGCGGUGGGGGCAUGAUCCUCAGCGGCACCCUCCCCUCUCUAUCCAAGUCCAACAACCCCUCGUCCGCCCAGAAUUCCUCCAACAGCAACGCCCCCCUGAAUACCUCAUCCUCCGCCCCGUCCUCCCAGCCCCCGCCCCUCUCCUCGUCCACAAUGGAGAGAGACAGGGGCAUGGGCACCCUGGAUAGGCUAGGGAAGGGGGAUAGGGAGAGCUCCAAUUCCAAUACCCUCAAUAGGAAGACGACGCCCGUGUAGAGGUCCGGAUAGGGUGAGGGAGAGAGAAACGACAAACAUGGACAGAAAAGAAACAGGGGGAUAGAGGAGGAAGAGAUUGGGAGGACAGAUGAAGAGCAAUAGGAGGAAGGAAAGGAGUCCAUACCCUCCCUCCUCUCUCCAUCUUGGUUUUAACUAGCAUAGAUAUAUUACUGAGAAAAAAAAAGAUUAAUAAUGACAAGAAUAACAACAACACUAUUAUUAUGUACUUUUCAUUACUUUUAAAACUACACGUGUGGCUGUAAAAGCUAAUAUCUCUGGGUUAUUAUUUUUCUUUCAUUCUCAGUGCUUAUAUUAUUCUAGGAGACAUUAUCGUAAAUUUUGAAUAUUGCCAUAUUACUGUUGUUGUUAUUGUUGUAAUUGUUAUUGCUGGGUUUAUCUGUGAUUGCAAUGUUAAUUUUUGAAUUAUGGUUUCUUUUUUUUUUUUAAUAUUUUUUUUUUUAUUUAAAAUUGAGGAAACUGUGAUCCGUUGCACAGUGACACAAAAUAUAAUGAUGUCAUUAAGUGUCAAGCACGUGUGCAUAAAUGUGAGAGUGGAUUUUUUAAAUUAUGAUUAUUAUGAUUCUUAAUAUUCUUCCUAUUUUUUAAAUAUUAUUACAAAUAUUGGUAAUAAUAGUUUUAUGUUAGAUUUAUUUUGGUGAAAAUGUUUGAAUUCUUACCUGGUUAUCUUUUUUAUCUUUUGAUUAUUGACUGACACAGUGAGACUGAGAAACCAUUAGAUGGAAAUGAAGAGUCAUGGUUUUAAUUUCAAUUGGUGUUAUUUAUUUAGUAGUAGUAGUAAUAUUCUAAUUGUUAUGGUUUGAAGUUGAUGUAAUGGGUAUGAAUAUUGAGGGAUUACAUGAAAUUUACGUAUAUUUCUACAAUUCAUAAAUAUCUGUGGAAAAAUAAAGGGCAAGGAUUGCUUGAGAAGA